ACUCACUACAAUCCAGGCGAGCUCGCACUCCAGCUUGGCGUUCAGUGUGGUUCAGACGCUCCCGUCUUUUCUUUCAGUUUCUUUUUGUUUCUCGGUUUGCGCGGACACCGCCGACAAUAAGCAGCCAUGGAUGCCAUCAAGAAGAAGAUGCAGAUGCUCAAGCUCGACAAGGAGAACGCCUUGGAUAGAGCUGAGCAGGCCGAGUCAGACAAGAAGGCAGCUGAGGACAGGAGCAAACAGCUUGAGGAUGACCUGGUAGCACUGCAGAAGAAGCUGAAGUCAACUGAGGAUGAGUUGGACAAGUACUCUGAAGCCCUGAAGGAUGCCCAGGAGAAACUGGAGCUAGCUGAGAAGAAGGCCACAGAUGCUGAGGGUGAUGUAGCUUCCCUGAACAGACGUAUCCAGCUGGUUGAGGAGGAGUUGGACCGCGCACAGGAGCGUCUGGCUACAGCGCUGACCAAGCUGGAGGAGGCUGAGAAGGCUGCUGAUGAGAGCGAGAGAGGCAUGAAGGUCAUUGAGAACAGGGCAAUGAAGGACGAGGAGAAGAUGGAGCUGCAGGAGAUCCAGCUGAAGGAGGCCAAACACAUUGCAGAGGAGGCUGACCGCAAAUACGAGGAGGUGGCCCGUAAGCUGGUGAUCAUUGAGAGUGACUUGGAACGUACAGAGGAGCGCGCUGAGCUGUCUGAAAGCAAAUGCUCCGAGCUUGAGGAGGAGCUGAAAACCGUACAGAACAACCUGAAGUCUCUGGAGGCUCAGGCAGAGAAGUACUCACAGAAGGAGGACAAGUACGAGGAGGAGAUCAAGGUUCUUACAGACAAGUUGAAGGAGGCUGAGACUCGUGCUGAGUUCGCUGAGAGAUCAGUCGCCAAGCUUGAGAAGACCAUUGAUGACUUGGAGGAGAAACUCACACGAGCUAAAGAAGAAGGCCUGAGCGUAAAGCAGAUGCUGGAUCAGACUCUAAUGGAGAUGGUUAACAUUUGACCCAGCUCUGUUCCUCUCCCUGCCUUGCCUCAUCUGCUCUGAGUAUGGCUGGCUCCCAUAUACGGCUGCUACAGAUAACGUCGGGCCUUGUGUUUGUAUAUGUCCUCUGACCUUGUCAUCCUGAAGAAACGAGCUCCACUCAAGGCAGCACACGUGGCUCCGGUGAGCUACGGUUAAAUGACACUGUUUCCAUUACACACUGUAAUCAAAGGUCAGUUACAAUUCACUGCAUAUGUUAAGUUUACAUGUACAUGUUGGGAGAUUUGCACUUUUUGGGGAAUCAUACUGCACAUAAUCUUCGUCAGCAAAGCCAUAAGUUAAGACAAGGUUAUAUUAAAGGGACUUUUAUUAUGUGUACUUUUGUAAAGUUACUUGUGUGUCUCUGUUUCUUCUGUAUUGUAAGCAUUUAUUCACUGUCAGUGAUGUUGUAUACUUCCAGUUUAGCAAGGAAGGAAUUCUUAGCACAGUUGCUUGAAUGUACUGUUAGGAUCAGUCAAGUAAAAGAAAUGUGUGCACAUGGUACUCACUUUUGUGUUCAUUUUGAGAAACUCUUUUUUUUUUUUCUAUUUUUGUCUCGCCCAUUUUAUCUUGGCAAUGUAAAGAUCAUCAAUAAAUGGUUGGAUCCAGUAUAACCUA